AUGGGCAGGGAAAUGCAACUGUUCCUCCUCGGAUUCAUCAUCAUUGAGAUUUGUGAAAUCUUUACCGUGGGCGGGUUCCCGCUGAACGACGCGGUUCGGAAGGGCUUUUCGGCGGUUCAUAUCGCGGCAAUCACCUCAACGUGUUGGGUUCUCCUGAUGAACGCCCUCGUGGGCUUCCAACUACUCGACGACGGGACCCCAGCCUCGCUCGGUUUGAUCUGUGCCUCGGCGACCGCGCUGUUCAUCGGCACUGGUUACAUUGCCCUGGACACCGCGUUCGACUGGACGGGACAUUUCCAGUCAAGUCACGAAGACCCGAAUCGAAACAUCGCUCUCUACGUCCUCUAUCAACUGGUCCCGCUGGUCUGCGUGUUCCUGUUCUAUGUCCUGGAAUCCGUGUUGGUCCUCCGUGUCCUGGGUGAAUUCCGGCCAAUGCUGUAUCUCACCGGUGCCGCGCUGCUGUUUGCCAUUGGCCAGAUCUUCAACUAUGUGAUCAGCGUCCACCUGUGCAAUGCCACGGGCGGCAAGAUCAACGGCGCGUUAUUCGAGACCCUGUUCACUCUUCUCGCUGUUUCCGGGAUCUGGACCUUCUGGAGCAGUAUCACCGAAGAUGACUGGCCUCUGCCCGUUGGUGGCGGCGGUUACAACUGA